ACGAUGAGCUCGAGUGGAUGGCGAUGGAGCAGGGUCAGGCCAUGGAGGACGAAGAGCUUCUCAUGGAUGAAGCAUUCUUUGAUCAGAUCCAGCGGCGGCGGGGCUCCGAUGGGUUUGAGGAGGGCAGGGGAGGGUUUGAGGAUGUGAAUGCCGGCGGCGGCGAGGAUGCGCAGCGCGAUCUGCCAGUGAAGAGAAAGCUCGUGAUUCCCGAUGUGUGCGUGUCGCCGAUCAAAUCAAGGAGAGUCCAAGAUGCUAUAGCGAGAAAGGAAUGCGCGAUUGCCGUGGAAGAGGAAAGUACCAUGGUUCUCGAAGAUUGCCGGGAAGAAAAUUUUCGCGAAGAAUUGGAUCAACACCAUUUCCCGCGAAAGCGUGCGGCGGACAUUGCCGGGGAGCUGAUUUCCAUAACUGGGCCAUCAGGUGAACGAGUCUAUGCCGAAGUUGAUAGAAACUUCUCUCCUCAGCCGGUGCUGCGUGAGAAGAAACAAGACCAGCUUCUCUCGAUGCCCAUCGAGAAAAUGAUUGAACAACUGGAGCUCGAACAGUUCAAACAAGCUUGCGAGCUCGCUGAGAAGGAAAAAGAUCCUAUCGCUGUCUCGGCGGAGAGGAUUGACCAGCUGUGGGUUGAUAAAUACUCGCCGAAGUCGUUCACCGAGCUUUUGAGCGAUGAACAGAUCAAUCGAGAGGUCUUAAGCUGGUUGAAGCAGUGGGAUCUAUGCGUUUACGGUGUUACAAGGCACUCUACACCUAAAGAGGUUCUCAAAGCUUUGCAACAACACAAGCUUGGGCAACAACCUUCUGAUAACAAGUUUAAACGAUAUGAGGCGAAGGGCAAAUGGAACAGCGUCAACGAUAACAAGAGUUCUUCAGGUCAUGACAAGAGCUCUUCAGGUGAUAAUAAGAGUUCUUCAGGUGACCGGCCAGAUCAAAAGGUCCUUCUUUUAUGUGGCCCUCCGGGCCUUGGGAAAACGACGCUUGCACAUGUUGCAGCAAAGCAUUGUGGAUACCGCGUCGUCGAGAUUAAUGCCAGUGAUGAUCGCACAGCCUCCUCUUUUCAGACCAAAAUUUUGGAUGCUCUUCAAAUGAAGACAGUCACAGGAGAUUCUAAGCCAAAUUGUCUGAUUCUUGAUGAAAUAGACGGAGCGGUCAGCGGCACGGAAGGGAAAUCGUCUGUCAGUUUUUUAGUUGAUCUGCUUUCUGCAGAGGCGAAGGCUGUGUCACGAAAUGAUAACGACGAUAAAAUGUCCAAACCUCAAAGGAAGAAGACUGCCAUCGCUCGACUAUCUAGACCCAUCAUUUGCAUUUGCAACGACCUUUAUGCUCCUGCCUUACGGCCUUUGCGUCAAAUUGCCCGGAUUCAUAUAUUUUCUCCUCCAAGUCCUCAUAGGAUAGUGACAAGACUAAAUUUCAUUUGCAAGUCAGAAGGUUACAAGGUGGACACACGCGCUCUAGCUGCCCUCGCUGUGCACACUGAAUCAGAUAUUCGCUCGUGUUUAAACACUCUUCAGUUCUUGUUUCGGAACGGACAGUCGCUGAAAGCGCUAGAAGUUGCUUCUCAGGUUAUUGGUAAAAAAGACAUGACCAGCAGCAUGUUCGACAUAUGGCUUGAGACAUUCUGGACUAGAAACAGAACCAGAAUGAAGCAGGCACACACGGAGUUCAGUCGGGUCCAUGACGUUUAUGCGAACCACGGAGAGUAUGACCUUGGAAUGGAGGGUAUUUUUGAGAACUUCUUGCAUGUGCAUUAUCAUGAUGUAUACCUCCAAAAGACGCUUCAAUGCCUGGAAGUGAUAGGCGCGUCAGAUAUUUUUGGACGAAAAACAGCUUCGCAGCAGCAGUUUUUUCUGAAUGCGUAUCGACCUUCUUUUAAACUUGCUAUUCGCCGUUUGAUUUCGCAGCCUGUUCGGCCUAAGCUUGAGUGGCCGAAAUCAUUUCAGAGAAAUCGUCAAGUCCAUGCAGCAAACACAGAAAUUUUGAAGUCGUGGCUGACUUCAAUGACACCGGCCCUAUCGCGAACCAUUUUGUGUCCCUCUUUGAUCCAGGAUGUUCUUUCUCCUUUGUUAUCGAUUUUGGCUCCCAAGUUGCGGCCCGUUGCGUCUAAUCUUCUUUCUCAGCAAGAACGCGAAGACCUUAAGCAGCUUGUGGAUACAAUGAUAAGUUAUGGACUUCGGUACAAAAAGUCCAAGGCUGACAAUCUCACAGUACAAAAGUUCUCGGGGGAAGCAUUCCUGUUAGAUCCUCCACUGCACACCUUUAUAACCUUCAAGGAAUACGCCCACAGCCAUGGAGAACUUUCUUCAACCAUUCAACAGAUGCUGAGCCACGAGGUUGAAAUAGAAGCGAUAAAACGCGAAACUGCAAAGCGGUCCUCUAAACCAUUCCAGCAGAAGCCAUCUGGUUCUGCCAACAAUAAUACCAUUGUCAAGUCUACUACCAUUGAAAAGAGGACAAUCGUAUCAGCUUCAACAUCCACUGGAAAACUCGUGACAACAUCUAAGACCGAAGUUGUCAAGGCAAACACUGUCUUGAAGAAAGCUUCUUUCUUUGACAGGUUUAGAACAGGAAGCACGGAAGGCCACUCCUCCAAACGGGAAGUUUCAACAGCUAAAAGAGAUUCGAGGCCAUUGCUCUUUAAAUUUCACGAGGGAUUUACAAACGCUGUGAAGAAGCCCGUCCUUAUGCGUGAUUUUCUAUGAGCGCGAUGAUCGUGUAUUCUUCUCCUUUCUAGCUGCUGUUUUGUAGCUAUUCUUCGAUUAAUAAUUAUGGACACUCAAAUCCAAUAACUUAAGAGAAUCAAAGCUGAUUUGUUUCGUUCAGAAUCCCCUCCCUUUUCUUUUGAAGCUGUUGUUGCAAUGGCGACAAUGGCGGCUGCUGCUGCUUCAGCAUUCUGCUGUAUUCGGUCUUCCAAUGGAAAUGGCCACUGGGUAACGAGGGUUCUCCGGUGUUUCAGAUGUAAACCUCUUUCUUUCAUAUUUUAUUUUGCUAGGCUUCUGGAUA